CAAAUUGUUGCAAACCUUUUUUGAUUCUAUUUGGAAUAUUUCCCUAUCAACACAAUGAAUUAUUUCCUUACGUAAAAUUUAAAAAACAUUAAAAUAGACAUUGGGUAAAUUCAACAACUGUAAUAUAUUAAUUAACAACAAUUUUCUCAGCAUUUUCGGUAAUCCGAAAAAAAUAGGCAAACAAGACAUAUGGCUGAUCAUCAAUUGUUGUUUACCAUCAUUCAAACUAAACAUCAAGAAGUUCACAGCCGAUCAUAUUAUUAUCAACUUACAUAGUUCAACCCAGUGAUCCAGUUAAUAAAUGUCUUUACAUAAUAAUAUCUACAGUAAUGAGUCAUCACAAUUAAAUAAUUCAUCACAGUGUAACAAUAGUCAUUCUGUUGGAUUGAGUCAAUACAAACCGUAUCUAAAUAUGAUUACAAACUACGAAUUUCAUAAUCGUUUUCCUCAAAGUCAAUCAAAAGAAGUUUUAAAACAAUAUUCUGGUGAAUUUGAAAGUUUGGGCGAUGAAACACGUUUCUAUCAAGGUUAUCAAUUGAGUAUGAGUGAUUUGAAAAAAGCUACAACCGCUUCCAAGCAAACAGCAGGUUGCUUAUUUACAAAUUUUGAAGAUGUUAGGUUGACUGAUGAAGAACGUGUUUAUUUGAAUGCAGCAGCGACAGGCGAUAUUGGCAUCAUUCGUAUGUCAUUAGAAGAUACUGAUGAGUCAACUGACUUCAAUGUAAAUUGUGUUGAUUAUAUGGGACGUAAUGCAUUGCACCUUGCUGUCGAUUCAGAAAAUACUGAAGUAAUGGAAUUAUUAUUAGACAAAUUAAGUUUUGAAUGUAUCGAAGAAGCUUUACUACAUGCUAUCAGUAAAGGACAUCCUAAACUAGUACGUGUUAUUAUUGAACAUCCAAAUUAUCAAGCUGGUGAAGAUCAAAUUAAACGAAUGGAUUCAAGAAAUGCAUUUUUUCGUACAACAGAAAAAAGUCAAUUUUCACCUGAUAUAACACCAUUAAUUCUAUCAGCUCAUUAUAAUAAUCAUGAGAUGGUACAAAUGUUUUUAUCACGUAAUCAUACAAUUGACAAACCACAUUCAAUAUCAUGCCAAUGUAAUGAUUGUCAAGUUAGACAAGAUUAUGAUUCAUUGAAACGUUCACGUUCUAGGCUAAAUGCUUACCGUGCCUUAGCAAGUCCAGCUUAUAUGGCAUUAAGCAGUCCUGAUCCAAUAAUGACAACAUUUCAACUACGUCAAGAAAUGAUGAAAUUAGCAGAAAUUGAAAAAGAAUUUAAGAAAGAGUAUCUUAUGCUUGUUGAGAAGUGUAUGAAUUUUGCAUGUGAAAUGAUGGAUCUUUGUCGGGGUACACAAGAAGUUGAAGCGGUUAUCUCAGAUUUCUUAGAAGAUGGAACAAAUAUCCGCGAUCCACUCGGUCGUCUACGACUUGCUAUACGCUUCGAGGAGAAAAAGUUUGUUGCUCAUCCAAACUGUCAACAAUAUCUUACUAGUAUAUGGUAUGGAUCAGAAACAGCUUUUCUUCAAUCAUGGUCAUUAAUUAGAAAAAUUGGUCUUUCCAUAGCUGCUACACCGUUGCUUCCAUUAUUCUGUUUAAUAUACAUUAUACUACCUACCUCGAAUAUUGCUCGUUCAAUGCGAUGUCCGGCAGCUAAAUUUGCAACUCAUGUUGUAUCUCAUUUUUUAUUUUUAAUAUUACUCGCUGCAGCAACGUUCCGUUUAGAAGAGAAUUAUGAUGCAUUAUUAGACGAACAAAUGCUUGGUACUGGGGAUGAAGAAACAAUACGACAAUGGGUACAAAAAAACUUUCGACCAUCUAAAGCAAUUAUAACACAUGUUCAAAUAUGUAUUGUAUUGUGGGUAGCCGGACUACUACUUGCUGAUAUUAAACAUAUCUACUUUGCAGGAUUCAGGUCUUAUAUAUGUAAUGCAUAUAAUUUACUAAAUUUUUGUAUAUUAUCCAUGUAUAUUGGUUCGUAUACAUUACGUAUAAUUGUUGACCGUUGGGUACGCGAAUCAGAUCUAUUCUUUAAUGCAACAACUCAAGUGAAUUUUUUAUUGCAAACAAAUAAUAGUAUAUUAGUACAUCAAAUGGUACAAAAUUGGACACAGUCAUGUCAUCAUGAUAAAAGUUAUUUUAUUACCGCGUCCCGAUUUCGUUGGAAAUAUGAUGAUCCUGAAAUUGUAUCAGAUGUUAUGUUUGCAGUAGCUAAUGUAGUUAGCUUUGCUCGUACCACGUAUUUGAUGCCAGCUUUUGAAGCACUAGGUCCAUUACAAAUUUCAUUUACCAGAAUGCUUACAGAUAUUACACGAUUUAUGGUUCUAUAUUUAUUGGUGUUGUUUGCAUUUAUGGUUGGUCUGCAUAACCUCUACUGGUAUUACGGUUUACAAACAUUUAAGACCUAUGAUGAAGUAACAAAUACUACACAGACGCUAGUUGCAACAGAAAUGUUCGAAGGACUUCGUCAUACACUGUACAGUUUAUUCUGGUCAAUGUUUAGUCAAGUCAGUAUUAGUAAAUUACCGAUUCGUAAACCAGAUAUGACGGAUUUGCAUAUUUUAUAUUUGACAACAACAGAUCAAGCUGAACAUAAAUACACAGAUGGUAUGAUUGACACUGAUUCACCGACAACAAUUGUUGAUAGUGUCGGUAUGGUACUAUUUGCUGUGUAUCAUGGUAUUAUAAUCAUUGUAUUGGUCAACAUGUUAAUUGCUAUGAUGAGUCAUUCAUUUGAAAGUAUUCAGGAAGAUUGUGAUGUUGAAUGGAAAUUUGCAAGAACUCAACUAUGGUUAAAUUAUAUUGAUAAUGGUAGUACAUUACCAGUACCAUUUAAUGUGAUACCAACUCCGCACAGUGUUGCAAACGCAAUAAAAUUUAUGCGUAAUAUUUUUAAAGAUGAAGUUGGAUUUGUCAGUGGAAAUAUACGAAGUACAGAUUUUGUCAAAGUGAGAAGAGAUAAAGUUGUAAAAGACAAAGAUUUAACUAUUCAAGAAACAUCACAUUCAGAUAUUAUGCAACGACUUGUUAGACGUUAUUUAUUCAAAAUGGAAAGAGAAAAUGAUGAUAAAGAAAAAUAUAAAGAAUUACCAUAUGUACGUACAGAGGAUAUGACAGGCAAUAUGGAAGCUUUUCUGAAUGCAUAUGGUGAUCCAAAUCAAACUGUGCAAUUUGCUGAUGCUGAAGAAUUUCCACCAUCAGUAACGGCUAUUGGAGGUAGAACAACUUAUGAAAAUCCACAAAAUCCUUAUCAGUUAAGUGUACAAAGUGGAGCCCCCACAAUUAAUACAAGUCAACCAAGUAGUAAACGUUUGAAAAAACAAACAUAUAGUGCAGGACGAAGAUGUUCAUCAUCUGUAGGUAAUAUGACAAUAGGUGGUGCAGGUUGUUUAUUAGGUGGGCUCAAUCUCCAACUACCUCAGUUAGAUGCGAUACAACGUAUGCAAAAAAUACUGGAUAUGCGUUUACAGAAUCUUCAAGCUCAAUCAGACCAAUUAAAUUAUGCCUCCGGUAAUGCUCGAAUUAAAGAAGAAAUAUCUCAUGUUCGUCAACUCAUGAGUGAAAGUCAAAAAGCGUUGUCAUGUAUUGUCAAGGCUGUAUCACAAAUGCAAGAUCAAGUGGUACAACUGAAUACUAACAUGGAACAAUGGAUAUUAGCUCAAGCUAGUGGACGUGAAAUUCGUACUGUUUUCAUGGAAGAACGUAAAUCUAGUACAAAAUCACAACGUGACCGACAUCGUCGUGAUCGUAGAGAAAGAGACCGUGAAUGGGAAUCACUUGUACGUGAAGCAUAAACCUAUAUAUAUAGUUUAAAUAAAACUAACAAGACAAUUUCUCCCUUUUUUUCAAACAAACACAAAAGUCCACACAAACAAUUCAAUACAUAAAAUGUAUUAAUCAUUACUAUUCACUUUCUCCUCACUCCAAUUAAAUUUACAAAUAUUUUACAAAAUAAUAUUUACUUUAAUCGGUAAAAAUAUUCAAAAUUAGCAGCCAAGAAGCAUGACAAAAGUAGAUUGUUGGAAAUAUUAAAAAAGUAUAUGAGAGACUCAGUAUAAAAUUUUAAUCUUGAUCUGUGAUCCCCUAAAGCAAAACAAUGAACAUGUUUAAAAAUUAAGUUUUGCUUUAUUAGCAUGAAAAAUAAUUAAGUAAUGUAGUCAAACUUUUUUCAGAAUAAAUAUACUGAGGUAAUAUGAAAAA